AUGUGGAUCGUCAACUGGUUUUACGAUGUCCUGGCCUCGCUAGGUCUCCUCAAUAAGCACGCCAAGCUCCUGUUCCUCGGUCUGGACAAUGCCGGCAAGACGACACUGCUGCACAUGUUGAAGAACGACCGUGUCGCCGUCCUGCAACCUACCGCACACCCGACCUCGGAGGAGUUGGCCAUCGGCAACAACCGCUUCACGACCUUCGAUCUCGGUGGUCACCAGCAGGCCCGCCGUCUCUGGAAGGACUACUUCCCCGAAGUGAGCGGAAUCGUCUUCCUCGUUGACGCCAAGGAUUACGAGCGCUUCCCCGAAUCCAAGGCUGAGCUCGACGCUCUCCUCGCCAUGGAGGAGCUCUCUAAGGUUCCCUUCCUCGUUCUCGGGAACAAGAUCGAUCACCCCGAUGCUGUUAGCGAGGAUGAGCUGCGCCACCAGCUCGGUCUCUACCAGACUACUGGUAAGGGCAAGGUCCCUCUUGAGGGCAUCCGCCCUAUCGAGGUGUUCAUGUGCAGUGUUGUUAUGAGACAGGGAUACGGCGAGGGAAUCAGAUGGUUGUCCCAAUACGUUUAA